UGAGAUGGCUUCUCGUCGUCUGAAAUCUUUGAAAUCGUUUUGUUUGCAGAAAAUAGCAAGAAACUUUGAAACAUUCUGGUUUAAACCUUUUGAGGAGCAAUUUAGCUCAGCAGGAAAACUUCUCCACGUUAUUGGUCCUUUUGAUGACCUCACCAGUGAAUUGAAUCAAUAUUUGUUGGAUGUUCUGGUGAAAGAAAAGUUACUUAAGACAAAAUAUUUACAACUCCUUAUCAGUAGCAGACUAGUGGAGUUAAAUUUGAGCAAGGCACCAAAUUAUGUGUACAGUGAUGGUAUAGUAAAUUGCAUAGCUGAUAGAUGUCAUAAACUAACAAAGCUGAAUUUAUCCUACUGUAAUAAAGUAUCUUCCAGAGCCUUAGAAAAUGUUGUAACCCAGCUGUUAACACUACAGAUUCUCAUCCUUAAAAGUACUAAAUGUGACGAUAAAGUUCUCAUUGCAAUAAGUCAGUAUAGCUGUGAUUUACGACAUUUAGACGUUUCAAGUUGCAAGAUAUCACAGCGAGGAUUAAAUGCCUUGUGCUCAGAUGACAGUCAUCUGCCAUGUCCAAAGUUACAGACUUUGAGGAUAAGAGAUUGUGGAGUGUGUAAACCAUCAAUUACCAUAGAUCGUGUUGCCUCAUUGUUACUACAAAGAACAAAGACAUUUGACCUUGACUAUGACAAGAUCCAUAUGGUGUUGUCCAGAAUUCACAAACUUAACAAUUCACCUAAUAUUAUCACUCCAAAUCUCCAGUAUCCCAGAAUUCAAUGUUUAGAUUUUGGAACUGAAGAUAUCUUCACUACUGAUGUUGAGUUAAUCUGUAAAUAUUGUCCUAAUAUUACAAUGGCAGCAUUAAAUCCAGUUGCACAUGAUGACCAAGUCCUUCAACUUAUGACUUUGAAGCAUUUAUGCCAUUUAGAAAUUGUUUCCGACACACAUGACGGUGUGACCUUAUCAUUUGAAGGAUCAGUUUCACCCUUGUUAUGCAGUGUUGGCAUGUAUCUUCAAGUCUUGUUGCUUAUAGAAUUAACUGAUGUAUGUUUAUACACAAUUGGUAAAUAUUGUCCUCAUCUGAAAAAUUUGAACUUAAUGGUGUCUACAUUACAGGACAACAGAAGCCAUUUUCCAGACAAGAUGACAUGUUAUACAGAACUUGAACAGUUUAAAUGUAUCAUUAUCGGUGAGAAUGACAUGCUACCAGAAGAUUCUCUGUCAGUCGUUUUGAAAAAUUCAAAAGACUUGCGGUCACUUUUAUUGACCAAUAUACAGUUUCUGACCACUGAAGAACUUGGGCGUUAUAUAAAUCAUAAUGCUUUGCCAAACUUGGAAGAGCUAGAAUUGACUAAUUGUAAUCAUAUUGAGGGUUCUAUAUUUUAUCAUUUUUUAACUAUUUCGCAAUGUUUGACGAACUUAACAUUAGAUGUUUGUCAGCAAGUAACAAGGGCUGACUUUUCAAAGUUGUUAAAAUAUUCAGAACAGCAUCUACCACAACUUCAGGUACAAUGGACAUGAUCUGAAUAAAAGUUAUUGUACAAUUCCAUCAUAGAACAUUUUUGUAAGUCUUAUUGACCAAUCAGAAUCUGAAACUAUCAGCUUUACCGAGAAAAAAAAACGAGACAAUAUACCUCCAUGCUAAAAUCAUGCAGCCAUAUACAAAAACAGUGAACAAAAAUUCCAAAUGUGCCAUUGUGGCCUUAGAACAAAGAAUAAAUUUGAUAUUUCUCUUUAGACAUCAAUGGAUUUAGACUAGUAUUGUUAUACCUCACGGUGAAUAACCUCGACAGAUUGUACCGUCCGAUGAAUAACCUUAUUAUUAUUCACUGCCGCUGAGGCAAAUAUUUGUUUUGUAUAAUAAAACAGUUACAACCCUAUGAGUUGGGAGAUAUCCAAAAUUGUCAACCAUGCUAAGGGUUAUUCCCCUCGGGCUAUUUGACAAUUUUAGAUAUCCCCCUCCUCAGAGGGCCGUAAUUGUAUAUUAUUAUUUAUCUUAUCAAACAUCUCUUUAAUGAACAAAAAAUCCAUUUGUCACUUGAGAAAGGCUGAGCACAAAAUUCAAAACUUGGACUGAGUGAUCAUUUGACAUGAAUGAUUUAAACAUUUUCAGUUUUUUGUAAUUACUGGUUUACUAAAGAACAAAAGAAAACAAGAAUCAACAUUAAGCAAAACUAGGGUUUUUCAUGUUUAUUUCCUGUAUAGCCAGUGAUUUAAAAUUGUGUUGUUUUGAUUUGAAACAAACAGGAAAAUUUUAAUAGUCAGAUAAUAAGCACUUUAUUCCAAACAAAUUAACUAAAGUCUACUGGAAUGUAUAAAAUCUAUGAGAAAAAAAUAUAAAUAUCUUCCAGACUAUAUUUAAAUAUCUUUAUUUUGCAUGGCUAUCAUGCCAUCCUUUAGAAAACUAUUGUGUCAACCUACUUGUGAUGCAAACUGACAUUUUAACCAUGAUUUCGAUGAAUUUAUAAAGUUCAGACAUCACUGCUUAAAUUAUUUAAGUCAAGAUAAAUUAUAUUGAUUGUUCAAAAUUCAGAAUUUCUGAAAUACAUGUUGAGAAUCUAUUUUAUUAGUUUGAGAAAGAGGCUUCUCAAGUAGCACUGAGUAUAAUUACAAAAUUCACUUCCUGUGUAAAUAUAUUUUUGGGCAACAGUUGAGCUCAAUAUUAUAUUUCUCUGCAAGUGCAUGUCUAAUAGUCAAUGGGUCAUGUUAUCAAAUUUGCUGUAAAAGCAAUGAAAAGGACAUACUUUAAUUAGUUGCAGUGUUUUAUUUAAAUUCAUCCAUUCAACAUUUUAUUCUGCAGAUUGAAGAAAAAUUGAAAUUCAUUUGAUAUAAGGGCUACUGUGGAAAUAAAUAAUACAUCUCCUUACCAGUUGAACAAAAAAUGUUCUUUACAUGUGUAAUUCAGGUUUUUAAGAAUUUUUAAUUAGGUAUAUUUUUAUGUUGUUCAGUUUUAUUUACAGAAAAUGUUACAUAACAUGUAUUUAUAGAUUUAAUUGUUAAAUCUUUGUCUUUCACGUAAAUAUUGAUUAUAGGUUAUUGAGUUUAUUGGGAUUUGAAUUGAUAUUCUACUUUGUUACUUGUGAAUAAUUAGAAAAGCAAUAUUGAAAUAGAGAAAACAAAUAUCUUUUGAUUGAACAACAUUCUUAGAUUUACAUCUGAACUUCACAUAGCUCCACUUUUCUUGAUGUGCAUUCAUCAGAGUUCCCCCAUCAAUGGGAAGAUAUAGAUGAUCUAACAUUUUUUUUAUCCCCCCCCCCCCCCAUUAUUACCACAAAACACAGAUCAAGUUCGAAUUUGGGUGGAGUCACUUCUCCCGUUCUUGAGAUGUGCCUCUUUAUAACUUUAUAUGUAAGGGGGGCAUCAUCUGUGUCCCAUGGACACAUUCUCCAUUUAUUAGUCCCCUUCCGACGAAGUCGAAGGGGACUUUUAGGUUUGCACUCCAUCCGUCUGUCUGUCUGUCUGUCUGUCUGUCUGUCUGUCUGUCUGUCUGUCUGUCUGUCUGUCUGUCUGUCUGUCUGUCUGUCUGUCUGUCUGUCUGUCUGUCUGUCUGUCUGCUGUCUGUCUGUCUGUCUGUCUGUCUAGCCGUCAGUCCGGCAAAUCAGUUUUCCACACUUUUUUUUUCGUGCUUGAAGUAUAUAGUUUUAUCAUGACAAGUUACAGAUCAAGUUCCAAUAUUGAUUCGGUCUGAUGAUUUUGUACAGAGUUAUGGUCCUUGGACUUAGAAAAUUCACUUAAAUAACCAUUUUUCCAACACUUUGUUAGCUCACUGGGGCCCGAAAGAGCCCCAUGUGAGCUUAUGCCAUCACUUAGCGUCUGUCGUCGUCAUCGUCUGUCGUCGUCGUCUGUUGUCGUCGUAAACUAUUUAAAAAAUCUUCUCCUCUGAAACUACUGGGCCAAAUACCUUCAAACUUUAAUUAAAUGUUCCUUAGGGUAUCUAGUUUAUAAAUUGUAUCCGAAGUUUUGAUCAAUCGACAAACAUGGCCGCCAUGGCUAAAAAUAGAACAUAGGGGUCAAAUGCAGUUUUUUGCUUAUAUCUCAAAAACUCAAGCUUUUAGAGCAAAUCUGACACGGGGGUAAAAUUGUUCAAUUGGUCAAGAUCUAUCAGCCCUGAAAUUUUCAGACAAAUCGAACAACUCAUUGUUGGGUUGCUGCCACUAAAUUGGUAGUUUUAAGGAAAUUUUGCAGUUUUUUGUUAUUAUCUUGAAUAUUAUUAUAAAUAGAUAUAAACUGUAAACAGCAAUAAUGUUCAGCAAAGUAAGAUCUACAAAAAAGUUGAUAUGACCAAAAUUGUCAAUUGGCCCCUUAAGGAGUUAUUGUCUUUAAAAGACAAUUUUACACGAUUUGUUCAUCAAGUUUGCUAACAUUUAAAAAUCUUCUCCUCUGACACUACUGGGUCAAAUACCUUUAAACUUCAUCUAAAUGUUCCUUAGGAUAUCUAGUUUAUAAAUUGUAUCCGAAGUUUUAAUCCAUCGACAAACAUGGCCGCCAUGGCUAAAAAUAGAACAUAGGGUCAAAUGCAGUUUUUUGCUUAUAUCUCAAAAACUCAAGCUUUUAGAGCAAACUGACAUGGGUAAAAUUGUUCAAUUGGUCAAGAUCUAUCAGCCCUGAAAUUUUCAGACAAAUAGAACAACACAUUGUUGGGUUGCUGCCACUAAAUUGGUAGUUUUGAGGAAAUUUUGCAGUUUUUGGUUAUUAUCUUGAAUAUUAUUAUAGAUAGAUAUAAACUGUAUACAGCAAUAAUGUUCAGCAAAGUAAGAUCUACAGAAAAAUUAAAUGACCAAAUUUGUCAAUUGACCCCUUAAGGAGUUAUUGCCCUUUAAAGAAUUUUACGAAAUGUGUUCAUCAAGUUUGCUAACAUUUAAAAAUCUUCUCUUCUGAAACUAUUGUGCCUAAUACUUCUUAACUUUGAAUGAAUGUUCCUUUAGGAAUCUAGUUUAUGAAUUGUAUCCGAAAUUUUGAUCCAUCAACAAACAUGGCCGCCAUGGCUAAAAAUAGAACAUAGGGGUGAAAUGCAGUUUUUGGCUUAUAUCUCAGAAACUAAAGCAUUUAGAGCAAAUCUGACAUGGGGUUAAAAUGUUCAAAAGGUCAAGAUCUAUCAGCCCUGAAAUUUUCAGACACACCGAACAUCCCAAUGUUGGGUUGCUGCCACUAAAUUGGUUGUUUUAAGGAAAUUUUGCAGUUUUUGGUUAUUAUCUUGAAUAUUAUUGAAGAUAAAGAUAAACUGUAAACAGCAAAAAUGUUCAGCAAAGUAAGAUCUACAAAAAAGUUUAUAUGACCAAAAUUGUCAAUUAACCCCUUAAGGAGUUAUUGCCCUUUAAGGACAAUUUUACACAAGUUGUUUUAUGUUUUUUUAACUUUAAAAAUCUUCUCAAAUGAAUCUAGUAUAAAUUUUGUAUUUCAUUUCCUUGUACGUCACUAUGGCUAAAAUGGAACAUAUGGGUAAAAAGCAAAAAUAAUCAUUGAUGAAAGAUUUAAGCAAAAAAAUUAACAGGUGAGCGAUUCAGGCUCUUGAGAGCCUCUUGUUUCGUCAUGCUUGAAGAUAUUGACUUGACAUUUGUUAUAAAGUUUACACCAUGACAAGUUAUAGAUCAAGUGAGCAUUUUUUUCCAGUACAAUGAAUUUUUAACCUGUAGGGGACUAUGUAUUGCCAUGCAAUACUCUCAGAAUGCUUGUUUUUAUUAUUAUACCAUCUGCAAACAAAAUUUUUGGGGAGUAUAUAGGAAUAACCCUAUCAAUCUUGUCUCUAUGUCUAUCCAUGUGCCUUGUAAGAUAUAAUUGAUUGUAAAUUUUACACAGCUGUAGUUCACUACCCCUGGUUCAACAUGUUCAAGGGGAGAUAAUCAAAUUUACUUCCUUUAAUAAUGCAGUAUGUGGUAAUAACUUGUAAGCGUAAAUACAACUUAUCAGUUACACCAAGACAGAUAUUGAUGAAACUUCAUACAGUUGCUCAACACUACCUUAGGAUUUUCAUAAAGGAAUAUAAUCCCAGUCCUGUUCAAGGGGAGAUAAUGGAACUGACUUACUUCAAUAUUACAAUAUGAGUAAUAGUCUCUCCUAUGCUAGUGCAUUGCAAACUUUUAAGACUUCUUGACCUUGAUAAGUGGUUUUUAUGUUUUAAUGAUGAUCAAAACAAUUCCUUUUUAUUAUGUAUUUGAUAUUUAAAUUUGUGAAAUGAUAUUUCAUUAAACUCUUUAUGAACAAGAGAAGCCUUGAAAAAAAGAUCUUAGACCUUUACCCAAAUUGAAAAUAAAUUUGUGAUAACCUGACUUACUGAUAAGUGUUUUAUGUACAAAUGUUAUAUACUUAUAUGUUAAUCAGUAUGAUGGUAAGUGGUGCAUAUAAAAUAAAUGCAAAAGGAACAAAGGAAGAUGACAAGGUACUGUAAUGUGUAUUCAAUAAUGCUGUGCAUAUUUUAAUUCUUUUCCUUAUCUUUUUAUAGUGGAUCAGUAAAAUUGUAAUUCAAUAAUAAUUGUGAUAUAUUUAUAUAUGAAUUUUAAAAAGAUGUAGUAUAUAUAUAUGUAUAACCUAUUUAUAGAAUACAGAUUUCAAAAGAA